GCGUGGUGAGGAUGAGAUUCAACCAAAAGGCGUUAUAUGCGCUUGCUGAAAAGUGUGAAGAGGGAUUCGACAGAGAAGGAGUUCUUUUUAUUAAAGAAUAUACAGGACUGUUUCGGAGACGCAACUAUGUUCAACGUUGGUUUAAACUCAAAGGAAAUAUUCUCUUCUACCUGAAGACACAAGAAAAGACUUCAAUUCCCGUGGGAGCGUUGCUAUUGGAGAAUUGCCGCGUUCGAAUAGAUCCGUCCAAUGAGAAGAGCCCGUUCGCAUUUGUUCUGUUGUUUGAGUCGGAUAGCUCUCCUUGUUCUUUCUUUUGUUUAUCUGAUAAAGACAGACAAGAAUGGGUGGCAGCACUCAAACGAGCGAGCUAUGAAGACCUUCGAGUUACGUUGUUUGAUUUACGGAGCAAACUGAUGGAUCUGACAGGAGAGGAUCCUCUAGUCGAAGACUCAUGUUCUUUCUCUCCUCCUAAGGAUCCAAUUGAAGACAAAUCAUCAAAGCCAUCAUCAUCUCUUUCACUAAUUGAUGAACCACUCGGGUUUUCCAUACCGGAUGUCUCACCUGUACUGGAGCUGUCAUUGUCAUGCCGAGAUCUCUUCCAUCCUUCGGGUAUCAUUCACUUCAAUACAUUCUGUGUUCUCAGCACGAUGACGCCACCACAGUCAGCAUGGAGUAAACACGCACAGACUGAAGUUGCAGAGUCAAACCGUAAUCCUCAGUACUUCACAAACGUGACGUUUUUUGCCGGCAAUAUUAGCAUGAUCACUCAAAUCAAAGUGUCGGUCUAUUAUGUCAAAGAGAAAGGUGUGGACAGUGCAACACCUCUCUUACUUGGAAAUACACAGUUUACUGUCAGUGAUAUUGUCACGGCUAAACAACAGAAAGUUGAAAGACUGCUAAAAUUGCGUGGCUGCAGCACGUCAACUGGUAGUGUUACUGUACAAGCUUGGAAGAUGGUAGAAUCACCCGAGUCUGUACGGCGUUUUACAUCACCGCUGGUUAGAUGUUCAACUAUUAAAUGAAGCUGUGUUUACACCGUUGCU